AUGGCUCGAAAAGGGUACGAGUCGUUGGGACCCAACAAUCCGAACGAACACGCGGCAACCGACUCAGACGAUGAAUUCCACAAUGAACACACAAGCAAGCUGAUCGAAGCCCGAGACGAUGCCGCGGACACGCCCCUAUCGAGCGAUGACGAAUACCCACUCGAGGACGAAGCCAACGUAAAGCUCCUCCCAAUAAAAGCUGACGACGGAUCCAAAUUGAAAUCGCGUCGCCCUCGACGAAAUACAGCUACGAGGAACCGAAGGAUAUCUUCAAGUGACUCGGAUGAUGGGGCAGCCAAUGACGACCCCCAUGCUGUCGGGGAGCGGAUCGAGCAGCUCCUGCAAAAGGACCAAAGGGAGAGGAACGCGUUAUCGGAAUCAUUCAAUCUGGAUCUCGAGGAUGGUGACUCUCUUCUUGCCUUGAGUGACGAGGAUAAUGAGUUAUAUGGGUUCCCAGCUGAUAAACGACCCUACGCCGACGACGAGAACAGUAGAAAUGCGACUUUCCGGUCCAAGAUCCAGGCAGUCGUUCAUAAGCGGCCUUGGUGGCAGAUAUGUGCUCUGCUUGCAAUUGGCUUGGGGGUGAUGUGGCUCUCAGCUGUUGGAUUGAGGAGGUCGUUCAGUAAGAAAGUGGUGGCGGAAUUUGAUUCUGUGCCUUGGUACCCUACUCCCCUCGGUGGUACAGAUCCUGCGUGGCAGGAAAGCUACAGCAAGGCCCAUGAUCUUGUACAGCGGAUGAGUAUAUUGGAGAAGGUUAAUGUCACAACGGGCACGGGCUGGAUGAUGGGGCUAUGUGUAGGAAACACUGGCCCUGCUACCCGUGUCAACUUCCCAUCCCUUUGUCUACAAGAUGGUCCCUUGGGCCUUCGAUUUGCGGAAAACAUCUCUGCGUUCCCAGCUGGUAUCACAACUGGCGCAACAUGGAAUCGUGAGCUCAUGCGAGCCCGAGGUGUUGCGCUCGGUCGGGAAGCUCGCUUGAAAGGAGUGAAUGUGAUUCUUGGUCCUUCCAUGGGCGCAUUGGGAAUGAACCCCGCCGGCGGCCGUAACUGGGAGUCCUUUGGCUCGGACCCCGUCCUGCAGGGCGUUGCCGCGGCCGAGACCAUUCGAGGUAUUCAGCGCAACGGUGUGAUGGCAACAGCCAAGCACUUUGUGCUUAAUGAGCAAGAACAUUUCCGUCAACCCUUUGAGUGGGGCAUCCCGACGGCGAUGUCAUCUAAUAUUGAUGAUCGGGCAUUGCACGAAGUAUUCGUCUGGCCGUUCGCUGAAAGUGUUCGAGCGGACGUGGCGAGCGUGAUGUGUUCAUACCAGAUGGUAAAUAACAGUCACGCUUGUGAGAAUAGUAAGCUUCUUAAUGGCAUUCUCAAGGAUGAACUUGGAUUCCAAGGGUUCGUUCAAUCCGAUUGGCUUGCUCAGCGGUCGGGUGUUCAAAGUGCUUUGAGUGGUCUUGACAUGAGUAUGCCAGGAGAUGGUUUACAUUGGCAAGAUGGAGACUCACUGUGGGGUCCUCAUCUGACUCGCGCAGCUUUGAAUACUUCUGUUCCCAUGGACCGGCUUAACGAUAUGGUUACUCGUAUCGUGGCGGCUUACUAUCACUUCCGUCAAGAUACGUGGGAAGGCUCUCCAACGAAUGACAUCGUUGGUCCCAAUUUCUCAUCUUGGACUCAUGAGAGGAAUGGUAGCCUUCAUCCCGGUAGCCCAGAUGACCACACCAUUGAGGUGGUUAACUAUUUUGUCAAUGCACAGGGGAAAGCACCCCAUACGCACGGAAAUGUGGCUCGCAAGGUAGCAGCAGAGGGGAUUGUUUUGUUGAAAAACGUCGACGGCAUUCUUCCACUUUCACGCAAUGCAUCUCGUUCCACUGGAAAGUACCGUGUCGGUAUCUAUGGGGAAGAUGCGGGCCCUGGACAAGGCCCCAACUUCUGCGCCGACCGAGGCUGUAACCAGGGUACCUUGGCUUCUGGCUGGGGAAGCGGUGCCGUGAACUUCCCGUAUCUUGUCAAUCCUUGGGACGCUCUGAAGUCUGCUUGGUCAUCGGAAACAGUAGAUGCCCGGGCAUAUCUGACCAACAACGUGGCUGUGCAGGAUCUGGUUGAACAAGAUCUCUGCCUUGUUUUUGCCAACGCUGACGGAGGCGAAGGUUUCAUCAAGAUCGACGGCGUCAAUGGAGACCGUAACGAUCUUUUCCUGCAGCGAAAUGGGACCGGUCUGAUCGAGGGGGUGGCUCACCAUUGCGGUGGUGGUCGCGGCAAAACCAUUGUGGUGGUGCACUCCAUCGGACCCGUAAUCUUAGACCCCUGGAUUGAUCUUCCUGGCGUCGAUGCCGUUCUGUAUGCCAACCUGCCGGGCCAAGAAAGCGGAAAUGCGCUAGCCGAUGUUCUUUUCGGGGAUGUUGACGCUAGCGGACGGCUACCAUAUACCAUUGGCCGCUCAUUGGAAGACUACGGACCUGGCGCGCAGAUAUUGUACGAGUCCAGUGAGCCCGUGCCGCAAGUAUUCCUUACCCAGGGCCUCUAUCUCGAUUACCGGUACUUUGACAAGUUCAACGUCACUCCUCACUACGAGUUUGGCUUUGGUCUUUCCUACACUACCUUCGAGUUCGGAUCACUCCAAAUCGAGCAGUUGCAGGACAAGUCACGACUCCCUACAAAGCGUCUCAAGAACCAGAUCGAUCCUCCAAAGUAUGAGAACGUGCCCGAAAGUCCUUCUUCAUCUCUCUUCCCUUCGGACUUCAACAUCCUCGGCAAAUAUAUCUACCCCUACUUGAAGACUAGGGAAGGAACCAACGCCGGGAAAUACCCCUAUCCUGACGGAUACAAAGACAAACAACAUCCAUCCGCUGCAGGAGGCGGCCCUGGCGGAAAUCCUUCCCUCUACGAACCCAUGCUGCAGCUCUCCGUCGAGCUCACAAACACAGGCUCCCGGCCCGGAAAGGAAGUCAUCCAGAUCUACGUCUCCUUCCCCGCCAACGUCGUCGAAUCUCGCGGGUUUGGAAGAACCCCCGAACCAAUCGAGUUCCCCGACCGUGUUCUCCGAAACUUUGAAAAGGUGUCACUAGAGCCUAACGAAAAGAGGGUUGUCAAUAUGACAUUGACGCGGAAGGAUCUCAGCUAUUGGAGCGUCAGGCAACAGAACUGGGUACUUCCGACUGAGAAUUCGUUCCGUAUCUGGGCAGGGAGAAGCUCUCGGGAUCUACCGUUGGUGGCUGAAUUUUAG